GAACUUCCCAGUUGACUGAGGCCGGGAUCAGGUGUGAGCCUUCUUCCAACUGUGUGGCGCCCCAUGUUUUGUAUCCGUUCAUGUGUCUUGCCUUCUCGUAGCAGCUCACAGCCUUUCGGCGGCCGAGUCCAAGGCAACUCAAACAGCCAUGUCUUCUUCACCAAGUUACGGCCUAUUGAUUGUCCGUUGCCUGGUGCCAAUCUGGAUCAUUGGGGAGUACUGGCGGCCGGCUGGCUACGACCAACCAGUCCACGACAAGCAAGCGGCCCUUAAUCAACGCAAGCUGGUCCCAGUGGUGGCAUCUCAACGGUGGUUCACUGUGCCCCGUUCCAGCAACAGCAAAGUGACAAAGCAAACAAACACAGAAUCGCAAACCUGGCACCCCUUGAAGGUUGGCCAAUUGUGGGGACAAGGUACAGGUCAGGUGAGGUCGCUAAUUAAUGUUCCUCCAACUUUGGGCUGGCCACCAACUGUAAAGCCUCUCGAGACUUCUACCAGCUUCGCCCUGCCCUUGGAGGCGGGAAGGGUGGGGGUCCCCUUGAAGGGAGCUGAAAGAAGAAAGACUACGGUAUCCAUUGUUACCCGCAACGCACUGCAAAACGGAUUUUUCCUUGCACCGCGACCAUCACGUAGACAAAACAAUGAACGGCGUCAUCUAGCCCUACGUCGCAACUUGGGGAAUCUCAAGGAAAGUUGGACAAUUGGCGUGAAGUUGUCCAUGGGCCUGAACAGGCCACACAGCUGUGGCCACUGGGUUUGCUUCCUACGUAAUGGCAAGUCAUUGAACUCCGAUUCCCCCGUCUUCUCUUCUCCCAGACUAGACCAGUGCAAAUGCUGGCAGUCUUCUACCAACUGCAUAACCUUUGUAUUGGCUUGGUCUUCCUGCUUUCCUUUGGGGUCUGGCCAUUAUCACUUGCACCAGCCAUUCCUCUUCUUCUCAUUUGCCCUUGGCGAGUUGUGCUACCCCUUCUUGGCCUGGAACCACUACUUUAGGCUUUCACCCUCUGUGGUCCGCUGUCCAACACCCGCCCUGGCCCCGGAACUUUGGCACUCAACCGGCCUAGCAAAUCGGUCACCCGGCCGGUCAUUACCUGGUUCACAGCCCCGUCCGGCCCCGCUCUACAACGUCAGUGCCGAGUUGGACAGCCGGUACCUUCUGUUGCUCUCCGUGUUUGCACCCGCCUAAUCAGUCACCCACUGCAACAACGACAGUGCCCGCCCUUUUGACCCUUCUAAC